AUGGAUUCCAACCUACUAAAUAAAUAUCACCAAUUCCAGCUACAAAAUACUGAUGAACAAUUCGAGCUACUUAAGGUGUCUUGCAACUAUACGGCAACAGUAUACCUAUUUCAUUGGAGGAAGUUGGUAUACAAGUUAGAUAACCAAAACCUGUACAGCAAACCUAUGCCAUGGAUUGGGAUGUAUAUAGCGUUUGCAUCUCUGUUAUGCAUCUUUGCAAUGAUGGCUGAUUUAUUACAUGGUUUGCGAAACAGAAAGCUCUGGUUUCCGUGUAAAUACUUUACCCUGAAUGCUGCCUCUCUCACUGUGAUAGCUGUUGCAAUAAAGUUACCCAUGGAUCUAACUAAUUUAAUGCCAGCAAGUGUGGACAUAACAGCAAAGUUUGGAAGUAUGUGCUUUAUGUGCACCAUGAUGGCUAAUUUAUUGCCUUCUCUAGCAACCAUGAAUAGCAAGGAACUUGUUGCAAACAUCAUAGCGUUGGUUGUUUUGGUAAUCACCUUGGUUGGUAAUGUUUGCAUUCAAAUACACACAGGAAUUCUCGACUAUUAUGAAGACGAUUAUGUGUUCCCUGAGACUUCUGGUUAUGCAUACGUAAAUUUCCAUCCAAGUGGUUCUUCUGCCCUCAUUUCUGUAGUUACUUUACUCAUGAUGCUGAUAAUAUAUGUGUGUUCAUCUUUAGCAAUUCUAAAGUCCAAACAGAUUCUAGAAACAAAAUACCAAGCGUCUCAUCAAACAACUUUAAUGGAUCAAGAGCUUCAACAACCAGGAAGAUUAUUAACUGUUGAGAAGCUGAAGCAGCAUGUGAGCAACUACUGGGUCAUGGCGGAAACAGGAAGCCCUCAAUUUAUGACAGCUUGCUUUGCUACAACCUCUGCUGCUGGGGUAAUAUGUGCUUUAAGCAGUGGCUUACAUACUUCGUUUGUGAUUGUUAAUUUUAAAAAAAUAGCAGAGCAUAAAUAUAAUUCGGAUUAUAGGUGGUCGAUGCCAGUGAUUUUCAUGAUACAAUUUAUCGGAGUGAUACUGGGUACAAUUGCCCCAGUGGCCAGAUGUUUUGCAGCCUUAAGAUUUAAGUUGUCAGUAAAAUGGAUUUGGAAGCAAGUCAACGUCUGUAAAGUAGAGAGCUACUGGACUCAGAAAUUAUAUGAUUGGAAACAGAGUAACAUAACAUUCCUAUCCAGUAGCCGCAACUGCAAGAUUGUUAUCCAGAAUUUAAAAAUCCUAAGUCUCAGCACUUUUAUAGGAUUUCAGAAGACAGUCGUGGUAGCAUGCAAGAUCAUAACAACGAUUCCAAUUUUCUUUGUGAUAUGUGUCGUGUAUUGUCUCCGUUGUUGGAAGUGGUUAAAGGCCAUGUUUAGCGCCUCAAGCAUCAUGCCGGGACAAAAUCCUGCGCAACUAGGAAAAGAUAAAGAUUUAAGACGGUAUGUUUUGCAACUUGAAGAUGACAUUGACUUUGCUGAGAGAACGUUAAAAAGCAUUUCAAAAUCUGUGAAUCGCCUGAUCCGAAAGGCUGAAAAACAACAACCCAACAAUCUUAUGAAGCUUCUUGCAGAAUCUAGCGGUUUUGAAGGAGUUGAAAAGUUUGACAGCCAGCAUGUUCCGCCUUUACUUUCAAAAGAAUAUCUCAAUUGUUGGAGCUUGGCAUUGGUAACUCUGACAACCAUCGCCAUGUCUCUUCCUAACAUCCAAAAGAACCUACUCGACUGCUUGCUGAUUACGGGUGUUAGGGAAGGUCUUGUAUAUGUCACAUUUGUGGAAGAAAGCCUCAAUGCUUCUGAUGACCAUGUAUGCAUUCAAAAGGCGGCUAAAAAAUUGUGGCUAGAAGUUGAUAUCUACCACAAAUGGUUAGGAAACAAGCUGCAAAACCAUGAUCCUCAAGUGAAGAAAGCAGGACAGAUUCUUCAAUGGCUAAGGGAUACAGCUAAAAACAUGGUUAUUGAGAUGAAAGGUACAAGUAAUGGAGUUCCAGAUGAUAAUUCCAAAUGCAAGUGCAUUUCUGCCAAUUCAAUGUAUCGUAUCACCGAAACAAUCCUACUUUCCUACCACUCCAACAUUGACCAGCUUAGCCAAGAAGAGCUAUUUGUGCAGUUAUCAUUGAUGAUUGCUGAUAUAUUGUCUGCAUGUCUCACCAACUUACCCCACGUCAUAUUAAUGAAAUGCCACACAAGUGCCAUAGAAAAAAGGGAGGCUAGUAUCCAAGCUGCAGCUCAGCUUCUCGGUGAGACUACACAGAUAAUCAACACCCUUCAAGAACGUGAACUUCCAAGUUUGAGUUCAGCCGAGUUGGCAUCUAUUGAGAAGUGGCGUGCUUACUUAAUGGAUUCGCAUUCCUUAAAAAUCAUUUCUGUUUUUUGA